UGUUUUUUUCUUUCUUCAAUGAAGUAUGAUUAAAGAAGACAGACCCAAUUAUUUAAGGGCAGUCUCUCCUAUAACCUAAGUUCAUUAAAAAACAAGAGAGAAAAAAAACACGAUUACUGCUGAGAUCUGCCAUAGCUAAACCUCAACCAAUGGAUCCUUGUAACAAUCCUAAGAAGACAAGGCGGCAGAGUCAUAUGCCUCACGUAGGAGAUGAAACGAAGAAGGAGAAGAAGCUUCUCCACCGCAACAUGGAGCGGCAAAGAAGACAAGAAAUGGCGAUCCUUUUCGCCUCUCUUCGUAAUCAGCUACCUCUGAAAUACAUCAAGGCUCUUUCUUCGCAGGGAAAGAGAGCGAUGUCAGAUCAUGUAAACGGAGCAGUAACUUUCAUCAAGGACACGCAAACACGGAUACAAGAACUCUCCGCAAGAAGAGACGAGCUAAAGAGAGAGACUGGUGACCCUACUACUAGUCAAACUCGAUCCGGAUCCGGAUCUGGGUCAAGUAGAUCGGAACCAGCUACUGUCAUGGUGCAACCAUGCGUGAGUGGAUUCGAGGUGGUGGUGACCAGCUCAGCAUCAGGUCUUGAGGCUUGGCCACUCUCAAGAGUUCUUGAAGUUCUUCACGAGCAAGGACUUGAAGUCAUCAGCUCUUUAACCGCACGAGUCAAUGAGAGGCUCAUGUACACUAUUCAAGUCGAGGUAAAUAGCUUUGGUUGCUUCGACUUAACUUGGUUGCAGCAGAAGCUAAUUGAUGAGUUAGUACUUUCUACGACCAGGCACUGAACAAUCAAACAUUCGUCUUAAGAAUCUGCUCACUGAAUGAUGUUUUUUUGUCCCAAUCUCGUUAUUUUAGUAUCCAUAGGGUGUGUUCUUUUUGGUCCUUCUUCUCUAGUUGGAGUGAAUAUUUUGUAUAAUGAUAUGAUCUGUUUGGUUAGAUUGAAUUAGCAAAUUCUAAACUUUCGUUCAUGCUUCUCUAUACACAUAUGAGUAUAGAGAAUCUUUUGACUAAUAUAAAUUAUUCGAGUACA